CCUAUGAGAAGCGACAUAAAGAAAACAAUUAAAAGAAAGUGUCUCCAUGUCUGAAUUCGGGUCACAUAAGAAGAACGACGUCGGCCCACCGGUUGCUGCAGGCUGGAGAGCGGCGUGCGGUGGGGCCAGCGCCGGAAUGAGCGUGGAGGCGCACCGGGGAGGGGAGCCCGUGUCAAACGGAAGCUGCAGCGCGCCGGACGCCGUCAAACGGGUCCAGAACGAAUCCGGGUGCGAGUCCCCGACGUGGGAGAACCCGGGCUCGGAGUCGGCUCUCAAAUCGGCGAUCCCUCGACGCAGCAGUCUGAUCAAGGAUGGCUCACGUGCCGGUCGGGAGAAAAAGAAGACUGUGUCCUUCAGCAGCAGCCUGGCGGAGAAGAAGAUCAGCAGCGCUGCCGGGUGUAUCCACUCCAUGGUCGAAGGCAGCGAGCUGAAAAAAAUCCGCCCCAACUCUCGUGUAUAUCAGCGUUACUACCUUCUGGACGCGGGCCUGCAGGCUCUGUUCUGGGAGCCGUCCAAGAAGGAGUCGGACAAAGCGCGGAUCUUUCUCGACUCGAUACGCGAGGUCCGGACAGGUCGUAACACGGAAACCUUCCGCACCAGUGGAGUUUAUGAGCAAAUUUCGGAGGACUGUGCAUUUUCCAUCAUCUACGGAGAGAUGUACGAGAGCUUGGACCUGGUGGCCAACUCUGCUGAAGUGGCGAACAUUUGGGUGACUGGUCUAAGGUAUCUCAUGCAGUACGGCAGACACGCCCUCGACAUACUGGCCAACAGUCAGGACAGCCUUCGCCUUCACUGGCUGGAGCAGUUGUUUUCCUCUGCCGCCGAUCAAAAUAAACAGGAAGUCAUCGAGGAGGGGAUUCCCUUGCAGUCGGCUGUUAAGUUGGUACAAAGCGUGAAUCCUGGAGUGAGCAGCGGUAAAGUGGAGCACAGGUUUAAGGAGAUCCAGAGACUCCGGGAGAAGACGGGCAAUGAAUCGGGCUCUAAAGACCACGCCGAAAACGAAAAGCCGUCGGCGAGAAAGGAGCAAGUGACCAAGCAGGAGUUCAUUGAGGUCUUCCAUGACUUUUGCACCCGUCCAGAGAUCUACUUUCUGCUGGUGCAGUUCUCCAGUAACAAAGAGUACCUGGAUGCAAAGGACCUGAUGAGGUUCAUAGAAGCUGAGCAGGGCGUGGCACAAGUGAGUGAGGAAAUGAGUCUGCAACUCAUCCAGGCCCACGAGCCGUCAGAAGAGGGUCGGCAGCAGGGACACCUGUCACUGGACGGCUUCACCAGCUACCUCACUUCGUCAGAGUGCCACCUGUUCGACCGGGAGCAUGACGCCAUUUGUCAAGACAUGUCCCAGCCUUUGUCUCACUACUACAUCAACUCCUCCCACAACACCUACCUCAUCGAGGACCAGUUUCGAGGUCCCUCCGAUAAAUCCGGUUACAUCCGUGCCCUGAAGAUGGGCUGCCGCUGCGUGGAGGUGGACGUUUGGGACGGCCCCGACGGGGAGCCGGUGGUGUGCACGGGUCACAGCCUUUCCCGUCCACUGGCUCUGCAUUCUGUGUUGGAGGCAAUUGCAAAGUUUGCGUUUGUGGCGUCGGAGUACCCGUUAAUUCUCUGUGUUGAAAAUCACUGUUCGCUGCAACAGCAAAAAGUUUUGCUGCAGCAUCUCACAAGGAUAUUGGGGGAUAAACUGUAUAGAGAUCUACCAGCUGAAGGGGCUUUGUACCUACCGUCGCCAGAGGAACUAAGACAUCGAAUCCUGCUGAAGGGUAAAAAGCUCGGGCCAGAUUCAGAUGGGGAGGUGAGCGAGGAAGAUGAAGGAGCAGAAAUGAGCCAAAGGAUAAAAGUGGUAAAUGCUGGCGGAACCGAGAAGGACGUUGUGCAAAAAAGUGUCUCUCUCACAUCUGUCCCUCAGUCCAACAUGCCUCAUCCUUCCCCCAAACGUUUCCAGCUGUUGCGGGAACUGUCCGACUUGGUAACUCUAUGUCAUUCAGUUGGCUUUAAAGAUUUUAAAACUUCCUCUAAGGCUCAAAAGCCUUGGGAACUGUGCUCUUUCCACGAGUCCCUGGCUUUGCGUCUGGCUGGCGACAGCCCUGGGGACUUCGUCAAUCACAACAAGCAUUUCUUGUCUCGAGUCUACCCCAAUCCCAUGCGCAUUGACUCGAGCAAUAUGAAUCCCCAGGACCUGUGGAAGUGCGGCUGUCAGAUUGUGUCAAUGAAUUUUCAGACGGCAGGACUGAUGAUGGACCUGAACACGGCCUGGUUCCGGCAGAACGGGAGCUGCGGUUACGUGCUGCGUCCGGCCAUCAUGCGGCAGGAAGUGUCUUACUUCAGCGCUGACACCAAAGACACUGUACCGGGCGUGUCGCCACAGCUGCUGCAUGUAAAGGUGAUCAGUGGCCAGAAUCUGCCCAAACCAAAAGGUUCUGGGGCCAAAGGGGACGUUGUAGACCCAUACGUGUACGUGGAGAUCCAUGGCAUCCCAGCCGACUGCAGCGAGCGCCGCACCAGGACGGUGAGGCAGAACGGGGACAACCCCAUCUUUGACGAGAGCUUCGAGUUCCAGAUCAACUUGCCAGAGCUUGCCAUGGUUCGUUUUGUGGUGUUGGACGAUGACUUCAUUGGGGAUGAAUUCAUAGGCCAGUAUACUAUACCACUGGAGUGCCUCCAACCUGGCUACCGACACGUGCCCCUCCAGUCCCUCACUGGGGAGGACCUUCCACACGCCAAGUUGUUUGUACAUGUGGCCCUCACAAACCGGAGAGGAGGUGGAAAACCUUACAAAAGAGGCCUCUCGGUACGAAAGACUCGAAAAGGGAGGGAGUACACAGCUCUGAGGGACUUGGGAGUUCGGACUGUCGACGAGGUUUUCAAGAUGGCCGCCCCUCUUCUGAGAGAAGCGGCAGACUUGAGAGGUAACAUGCAGAACUCCGUUGCAGUAUUCAGGGAGCUGUGUGGGGUGUCGGCUGUGGCCAACCUCAUGCAGUGUGUGCUGGCCCUGGGCUCCAGAGUGUCGGGCCCAGAGGGGACCCCGUUACUGCUGUUUGACCUGAGAGAUGGCUACCCCACGCUGGAGCCCCAGGGGCCCCUGCCGGACGUCCUGCGCCGAGUCGUCUCUACGUACGAUACGGUGAGGAAAGAAUGAAACUUGGAAAACGUGUGAUCAGAAAUGAAAGGGGG